AUGUUACUCUCCAAAGACGAUACGCUGCAUUAUACCUACGACUCUGAACGUGUCCAGAUCGAAGCGUGGGGUCCCAAUGCCCUUCGUGUUCGUGCCACCAAGUUUCAUACUCUUCCGGCCGAAGACUGGGCUUUGACUGUCACACCUCCAAAGACCGAUGUAUCCAUUUUCAUGCGUGACGGACAUGCGUCCAUCAGCAAUGGCAACAUUUGUGCCACGAUUUCUUCACGCGGCAAGAUCAUCAUCAAGAAUGCCAAGGGCGAGCGAUUACUUGAAGAGUACCAGCGCAACCGUGCCGAUGUCGAGGAUCCCAAAUGCAGCGCCUUGAUGAUCGAGGCGCGGGAAUUCAAGCCCUUACUGGGCGGUGACUACCACUUGACCUACCGUUUGGAGUCUGUUGAUCGAAAUGAGAAAAUCUAUGGCAUGGGCCAGUAUCAGCAACCAUUUCUCGACCUCAAGGGACUCGACCUUGAAAUGGCUCAGCGCAAUUCCCAAGCGACCGUUCCUUUCAUGCUCUCGAACCUGGGAUACGGCAUGCUUUGGAACAACCCAGCCGUCGGCAGAGCUGUCUUGGGGAAGAACACGAUGAGCUUCGAGGCCUAUUCCACGAGGGUGCUUGAUUAUUGGAUUGUGGCUUGUGACACUCCCACCCAGAUCAUCGAAGCUUAUGCGGACGUCACGGGCAAAGUGCCAAUGAUGCCAGAGUACGGCCUAGGCUUCUGGCAAUGCAAGUUGAGAUAUCAGACGCAAGAAGAACUCCUGGAUGUUGCACGAGAGUACCGAAAACGGAAUUUGCCGCUUGAUGUCAUCGUGGUGGACUUCUUUCAUUGGCCAAAGCAAGGAGAAUGGAAGUUCGAUCCAACAUAUUGGAAAGACCCCGACGACAUGAUCAAGGAGCUUCAGUCGAUGAACAUUGAGCUCCUCGUUUCCAUCUGGCCCACAGUCGACAGGCGAUCCGAAAACUACGAGCUUAUGCUGGAAAACGGACUUCUUAUACGGCAAGACCGCGGACUGCGCAUCUCAAUGGACUUUCAGGGAGAGACCGUGCACGCUGACUUCACGAAUCCGGCGACGAGGGAAUUUGUCUGGAAAACAGUCAAGAAGAAUUACUACGACAAGGGCGUGAAGCUCUUCUGGCUCGACGAGGCAGAGCCGGAGUACAGUGCCUACGACUUUGACAUUUAUCGGUACCAUAGUGGAAGUGUAUUGAGCACGGGGAAUGCGUACCCGGUGGAAUAUGCCAAGGCGUUCUACGAAGGAAUGGUCAAGGACGGCAAACAAAAGGAUGUCUGCAAUCUCAUCCGUUGUGCCUGGGCUGGAAGUCAGAGAUUCGGGACGUUGCUGUGGAGUGGCGACAUUGCGAGCAGCUGGAAGAGCUUUCGAGACCAAUUUGCCGCGGGCUUGAAUGUUGGGAUUGCCGGUAUCCCAUGGUGGACUACGGACAUUGGCAAGCCGACCUCUGUGAACCCCUUUGCUCCCAUACACUGUACUGACUCCUCUCUCCAAGGUGGCUUUCAUGGAGGAAAUCCCAAGCACCCUGAAUUCCGUGAGCUCUGCACCCGAUGGUUCCAAUACGGCUGCUUCUGUCCCGUCUUCCGCCUCCACGGUGACCGGGAACCCAAACAGCCUCAACACGGCACGACCGGUGGCGCGACCUGCCUCUCCGGAGCGCCCAAUGAAAUCUGGUGCUACGGCGACGAGUGCUACCAGAUCAUGAAAAAGUACCUCUUCCUGCGCGAGAGACUCCGUCCAUAUAUCCGCGAACUCAUGGCCCAAGCUCACCACAAGGGCACGCCGGUGAUUCGGACCAUGUUUGUGGAGUUUCCGGACGAUAAGCACUGCUGGGAGGUAGAGGACCAGUACAUGUUUGGACACAAGUACCUGGUGGCGCCGGUCAUGUACCCCGGCAUGAGCAGGCGAGAGGUAUAUCUCCCAAAAGGGGCCAAGUGGAAGAGGUUUGACGACGGGGAGGUCCAGGGCCAUGAUGAAGAUGGGCAGAUUCUUGAGGGUGGAAGCACGGUGGAUGUCGAGUGUCCGUUGGCUGUGAUGCCUGUUCUUGAGAGGGCUUGA